UAUGGCCUAUUUCAAACUGCAUCAUAUUGAUCUUCUUAGUCUCUAAUACUAAGAGGGUCAUACUCUGAUUAGAGAGAUGCGAAUAGUAAAACUGAUACUUCACAAACAGUAUAAUCAACUAUUCUUGUGUAUGUUUAUACUGUCUUUGGGUUACAGACAUUCAUUGCUUUUUAAUAAUUUUAUCUAACUUUGUCUUAGUGUUCUAAGUUCACAAAGAAUAAGAGAGAAUCAGCAGAGCAAAGCCUAAAGGAUAGAGUUGAUUAAUAAGAAUAUCCAUGUAGCUAUGAGAAGGUUAAUUUGAGAUAUUUCCGCCUCACAGCGCGUUUAUAAUAUUUAUGAGCCAUUUCGACUCAUGUACUUCUUUAAAAGUGUCAUGAUCAAGGUAUGAAAUAGCUCAAAGGAACCUGGAAUAGUAGACUCUACUGUUCAUGUUAGACAAUGCUCUCCCUCAUAAGUCUUUAAUGGUCUUAAGAAUCUUAUCAACAGAUUGGAGGCUUUAAUUAAUCGUGUUUUCAAC